AUGGUUAAUGUGAUAGCUAUUAAUUCUGCUCUUGUUGAUAAUAGUGAACCUGUUAUUUUUCUAUUUAAUUCUUUAAUUAUCUCAUUUAUAGCUUGGUUUAUCAAGGCUAUUCCAUAUCCCAUCU